GAAGUUGUAACUCUGGGAAGCCAAUUGGAUUGACAGACCGCGUGUGGGAAGAGCAUCGUGUGAGAGAGGUGUUACAUAAUGUAACCUAUAGACGCUCGGUAGGUGCGCGCUUUCAACUCGCUAUGCUGUGAGGUCCUUGUCGCGCAUGCGCAGUACAGCUUACGAGCUGUACUUUCAUUCAUACACAAAGAGACGCCAAAAUAUCAGGUUGUUGUCGCCCCUAUAGGGCCAUCUGUGACCACUAUUUAUUUUUUUCAUAACGCGGUCACCUCUUGUUUACGGACGCUUACGGUGCAAAGGGAGAACAAGCCAUAGCAUACUAUGAAGAAACGCUGCGCAGACGCCACCAAGCUUCGGAAAAUGAAAAAGCUCAAAAUGACAGAAAGGAUAUCGGAAAGUGCUUACACAGUCCUGAAGUUCAUGAUAGUAUGGACACUGGUGUUGUUAGCAGACUUUCUGUUGGAGUUCCGCUUGGAGUACCUGUGGCCAUGCUGGCUAUUCUUUGGUAGUGUUUACACCACCUUCCACUGCCACGGGCUGGUUAUUUGCGUGGUGUUUGUGUGUGCAGCCUUCACCCUUGAUGUCUUCUGCUUCAUUUUUGUACCUCUGCACUGGCUGUUCUUGGCAGCUAGCACCUAUGUCCUAUUUAACUACAUCUGGCACACAGAGAAGGGCAUCUGCAUGUCCACGGCGUCUCUGUGGAUCCUGCUGGUCUACACAGAGGCUUCGCUUCGGCUCAAAGACCAGAAAAACUCCCACGCUAAUUUAUCUCACAUCUUUGCCGCGCACUGUAUUGGCUAUCCAGUGGUCUACCUGGGCUUCGAUGUGACUUGCUAUUUCACGGGUAUCUUCAAGCUGCGCACCCAAAAAACAGUGCAGAACAAUAAUGACUUCCACAUGCACCUCCUGGAAGAGUCCCUACCACCUCCUGGCCUGCUCCUCUACCCUAAGUGUGCAUCUGAGACCAGAGAAACAGAUGUUAAGUGGAGGCCCAAAGUGGAGUCGGUACAAUAUCAGUGUCAGACUGAAGCCCCUGCAUCAGACGAGAGUUUGACAGGAGACUACCUGCAGAUCCCACAGGGAGAGGGGAGGACAGAGGGAAACCCGGAGGAGGUUCACCCCAGAGAUCUGAACUCAGUCCCCACAGGGGUUAAGUCACGCGGCAACGACACCCGUGACCCUUGUCACCCCAGCGACUCUCGUGAACCCCGGAACUCCCUCUCAGGUGGGGCACCAGCACCCGAGCCCUCAGGACCCUCCCAGCGACUACCUCAGGAAGAGCAUGGGCCCAAGACGACCAGCAAAGCCUCCAAGAGCUCCCCACCCAAAGCGCAUAAGGCACCUGUCACAGUGGCACCAUCUGGUGGAAAGACAGAGAAAAGGCAGAAGAACGCUGCCAAAACAGUCAGCCCAAACAGGGAUUCAGCUGAGAAGGGAAACACAACCCCUACAGCACCCCCAAACCAUCAUGCAGAACAGAUCACAAAGCUGGAGCAGGAGUUGCGGCGUCUGAAAGGGGAGCUUCAGGCGAGCCAGCAGACGGAGCAGGAGCUGCGCAGUCAUGUCUGCAACCUGACCAACAGCGAGCGCAGCCUGAGGCCCGAGGUCUCCGUGCUGCGGCACACCAACGAGCUGCUGCAGAGCAAAAUCCUGUGCUUGACCAAGACCAAGCAGAGGGACAAGCAGACCAGCGCAGUGCUGGAGAAGAAGGCCAGAGCUGAGACAGAGGCGCGAGUGACUCUGGAGAAACAGUUGGCAGAACUGCAGGCACAGAAGCUGGACGAGGCUGCCAUAUUGCUUCGAGGUGCACCAAACAGGCAGGAGCAAACAGAGACGCUAAUGUUGAGGAAAAAAGUGAAAGAUCUAGAGGCAGAGUACAAGCAACUGCAGAUGGAGUGUCAAGGCAAAGAGGGUCAAGUGCUAGCACUAGAGAAAGAAGUGGAGUCGUUACAGAAGUACAGGAGUGUAGAGACGGAGAUGGACACGUUGCUGUCAGCCCUCUCCUCUCUGCAGGAUAAGGCACAGCAUCUGGAAUACAACCUGAGCGCAGAAACACGCAUCAAGCUGGACCUCUUCUCUGCACUAGGAGACGCCCGCAGACAGUUGGAGAUAGCUCAAGGUAAACUCCGUAAACAGGAUCAGGAGAUUCGUGAGAUGAAGCAGAGGAUCGCAGAGGUGAUGGCUGUGUCCCCAGCCGUGUCCUACGUAGCCCCUCGCCCUGCUGUCCCCCAGUAUUUUACCAAGUUCCUCAACAGCGAGCGCUACGUGCUAAACCCACGGGCUCUCAUGUACCAGUGUCUCAAGAAGUGAGAGACCACUCCAUACUACCCCGAGGCCUUUGGUUUUCCUGUCUGCAAAAACUCUCAUAAAAAACCUUAAAGACUGAUAAAGUGUUUACUGUUUACCUGACCAGGAAUGAGGUGCCAAAUGCCAUUUUGGCCUGAAAUAUGUGGAUCCGUCUUGAUCCAAACCUCACCUAAGGGUCUAGCUGUUAUUUUGCAGCUCAGGACAGCCGCACUGAACCUUUGGGCCUAAACCAAAUGGGCCUCUUGUACCAAACUGCUGGUUGAAAACAUACUGUGGACUUGAAAGAUACUAAACAUUCUUAAUACUUCCUUGGCAGAAGAAAGGAAAUAUGGACUCCAUUGUGGGGGAGUGAAACAAACAGUGAAGCAAGUGAAUAUCUAAAUUGUUUCCUCUGAAGCCAUAGUGCUGCCCUUGUGAGAAAGAACUUCAUGGUGCUCAGCCAUUAUCCAUAACCAACUGUCAACAAAAAGCAAGAAAUGCUGACCGAUCUUAACACUGACAGUAUGUACUUUAAUGCAGUUAAUGUCAUAUUGUCACUUCUAGUAUAUAGAAAAUGGUAGUGUACAAAAUGCCAUUAAGCAAAGAACCUAAGGAAAAAACACCACCAAACAGGACUCUUUUCCCCGGGCAAAAGUUAAGGAAGGUGCUCUAUAACAUUAUAGAUCAAAGGGGUGAUGCAGAACCAAAUUCCAGGGAGUGAACUAAUAUUUUGAAUUAGCUUGUCAGUGAGGAGCUAAUCUAACAGCAGGACACGGUCAAGUAAUGUUAAAACCAACUUGUUUGCACUGCUGAACUGAGGUAAGUUUUAAAUGCCACAGCAGAGGUAUUGUGUGAGGAUAAUUUAUGGGGCCCAGGGUUGGACUGGGCCACUAGAACAUCUCAGUGACCAUGUAUACUUUACUGGGAGAUUUCAGAGGAUGAUAAAAAAUGUUUAAUAUCUCUUCUCAGACAAGUUUGAGAUACUUUGUGCACUCACACUGCCUGUACUUUUUUUGUGCCUAUUCUUGAUAACGUACAAUAAUUACAGCCCCAGAAUUUCAUGUAAUACAGUGAAGUGUUUUGAUUGAAGUGCUCUGUGCCGUUUUGUAGUCUUUUCUAUUCAUGCACUGUAAUUGAAGGUACACAUCUAUUUGUUUAUAGAAAAUCUUUUCUGAUGUGCCCAAGUCUCUUUUUUCUAAGAACCUCAUUUGUUUCUAGUGUUUCCAGGGUGUUUUCUACGAGAACAGUAUUUUUAGCCUUGGUGUAUAUUUCUCAAAAAGGAAUAAUUGAAUAUUGAUUUAAUUUUAUAAGUCUUUUUGUGUGUUGUCAGCAUGAAAAUUUGUGUAACCUUACAAAAGGUUCGGAGAAAAUACAUUUGUGAUCUAAUGUUUGCAGUAAAUUAAACAUUAGAACAAGGGCUCUUGCUUUUCUCUCAGACAUUUCUGAAUUAAAUAAAAGGUAUUUGGAUUCUA